AUGGGCAACGCCACAGACGCGACCAACAGCCCCGAAAUGACGGAGGCGCACAACCAGUCCGAAAAGGAUGCCGGCGACCGCGAGCCCGCGCCGGCCUACGCGUCUGCGACGGCAGAGGACAACAGCGUCCUGACGGGAGAGGACGGUGAACUGAUCGACUACAAGACCCUCACCUGGUGGCAGGGUGGCAUCGUCCUGAUCGCCGAGACCGUGUCCCUGGGAAUCCUCUCGCUGCCGUCCGUGCUGGCGACCGUCGGCCUCGUCCCGGGCAUCGUCCUCAUUAUCGUCAUGAGCCUCCUAUCGACAUACUCGGGCCUCGUCCUCGCCGAGUUCCGCAACGAGUACCCCUUUGUGCAAAACUUUGGCGACGCCGUCGAGGUCAUUGGCAAGUCCAUUGGCAUGGGCGCCGUCUUUCAGGAGGUCUUUGGCUGGGCGCAGGUCAUCUUCCAGGUCUUCGUCAUGGGCAGCCAUCUGUUGACCUGGACCAUCUGCCUCAACACCCUCUCCAACUCGUCCACCUGCACCAUUGUGUGGGCUGUCGUUGGCUUGGCUGUUUUCGCCGUGCUCAACUUCCCGAGAACGCUCAAGUACACCAGCUACAUGUCCAUGGCUUCCUGCUUGUCCAUCACCCUGGCUGUCCUCAUGACCCUCGGUGACGUCGCCGUCUCCCGCCCCAUCGGCACCGGCAGCAUCGAGGUCGCCCGCCAGCUCGGCUUCACGGGCGCAUUCCUCGCCGUGACCAACAUUGCCAUUGCCUUCUCGAGUCACUCGUGCUUCUUCAGCGUCAUUGGCGAGUUCAAGAAGCCCGAGGACUGGCCCAAGGCCCUGGCGCUCCUCCAAAUCGCCGACACGACCCUCUACCUCCUCGCCGCCAUCGUCAUCUACGUCUUUGUCGGCGCGGACGUGCCCUCCCCCGCCCUCUCCGCCGCCGCCUCCAAGACGAUGCGCAAGGCCAUCUGGGGCAUCGCCAUCCCGACCAUUGUCAUCGCCGGCGUCAUCUACGGCCACGUCGCCGCAAAGUACAUCUUUUCGCGCCUCUUCCGCAACACGAAGCACAUGAUUCGCCGCACAAAGCUCUCGGGCAUCGCGUGGAUCGUCAUCGUCGUGGGCAUCUGGGCCAUCUCCAUGGUCAUCGCCGAGUCCAUCCCCGUCUUCAACUCGCUCCUCGGCCUCAUCUGCGCUCUGUUCGCCUCGUGGUUCUCGUACGGCCUGCCCGGCAUCUUUUGGCUGUGGAUGCACUACGGCAACUGGUUCAAGGACGGAAAGCAGACGUGCAAAUUUGUGGCCAACGUUGUUCUGUUCCUGACGGGCUUCCUUAUCUGCGUGCUUGGUCUGUGGGCGUCCAUUGAGUCGAUUGCGAACGAGAAGGGAACCAAGCCGUGGACGUGCGCUUCCAACGCCGCGCGGUGA